AUGUCUGCCCAUAUCGAUACUCGCUCCACUAUUGAGCAUUCUGGUGAUAGUAAGGUAGAAAAUCCUAUUGGUCCAUGUCUGCAAAAACAAUUUUUGAAUCAUUUUAAACUGUACUCACUUGUGAAUUCGACAAGAGACAUUAUUUUUAUGAUUCCAUUAGCCAGAAAAUGUGCGACUAAUAUUGCUCCAACUUUUCAAGUGAUUAGAAAUACGAACCCGAUUAAGGUCGUCAUGGAUAAAGGUGAUCCAAUUGCCGAUAGUGCUUUGAAUAAACUUGACUCUGUCGCCCCAGGCUUAAAAAAAUAUGAUUAUGAUUUGUGGACUCCGUUCACUCGUCCAGUAAGUGGAACCUUAGAAUGUUCUCGCCGUGUGUUCGCGAAUGGUAAUGAAACCAUUAAGGCAACAAUAAUUGAACCAUCAGCAAAAACAGUACAUGAUUUACGCGAUCGCUUCCACUAUGUGGUUUAUGAUAACAAUGGAAAAGGGAUUAUCACCAGUACUGCUGACCCAUUAGUUGCCCCUUUUAACGAUUAUUUAGAAAAUCUCGUCGCUAAGCGCCAUCCGAUAUCAAAACCGGAUUCCAAGAUUCAUUCUAGCGAAUUGUCUCGCACCGUAAGAUUAAUUGUUGAAGCCGUUCGAGGAGUUCAUGUACCAACUGAAAAUACUUCCCAAAAGUCCGCAAAAGAAGAAGGAGGAGGAGAAAUCAUUGAUCAUUAUGAAGCAUUUGAAAAAGAUCACGAAGAAUCCGUUGAGCAUACAUAA